AUGUCGGUGCAGUAUGACCAGAUUGGCGCCAACUAUAAUCACAUCAAGAAGCGAUCUCGCGAUAUGGCCCAAACCGCGACGAUCCUUGAAUAUCUUGGCAACCUCGAGGGACAGGAGGUACUCGACCUAGGCUGCGGCACAGGUUACUUUUCACAGAAAGCAGUCGAUCAGGGAGCACGACGAGUGGUGGGGCUAGACAUCUCCCCCGUUAUGGUCCAAGUCGCGCAACGUGAGCAUGAAGGGGACAGUCGCUUUGAGUUUUGUGUCACAGACUGCAGCAAGCCCUUGGAGGUCGGAAAGUUCGACCUUGUCCUCGCCAUGUGGUUUCUCAACUAUGCUCCUACUGCCGAGGAUCAAUUGAAGAUGUGGCAGAACAUCAUGUGUAACUUGAAGCCCGGUGGUAGAUGCAUCGGAAUCGUGCCUAAUUUCGACUGGCUCGACAGUCUGUCUGCUGCUGCUGAUGAUGAUGAUGGAGAACGUUCAACUGAUGAUAUGCAAUUCCUCGAGCAUGUUCCAGAUGGCGUGAAAUACCGUUUUUUUUCGGAUCAGGAUCAGACUGUCUCGUUUGAUGCCUACCUGCUUCGGCGGCAAGUGUACAACUCUUGUGCUCAUGAAGCGGGAUUCAUUGACCUGCAAUGGCUAAGUCUAUGCGGUGAGGGUUUGGAUUCUACACGCCAGAUUUUUCAGGCCUGGAGACCGAAAUGA